AUGGGUGAGUUCCAGCCGUGCCAGUGCCGAACACCCAUGGCGCGCGAUGGCCCAGUUCUGCUUCUGCACCUGAACCUGAACCAGAGCCUGAACAAGAGCCUGAACCUGAACCCGAUGUCGACAUCGAUGCUGCAUAAUAAAGGUAGCCAGGUACUCGCAAGCCAUGGCUCAGGGGGCUUCCCGUGGAUGGUUGUACGGGAGAGGCCGAAGCCUGAUUUUCUUGUUCUCGUCAUACAGAACGGCGACGGACAUCGAAUUAUCCACUCAAGGAACAUGCCUAUUAUUGAUGGACGAUUGAUCUGGGAUGGCACCCAAUAG